AAGUGCCUCCGGUGGUUGCUAAACAGGAAGUGUGAGCUGAACGUCAGCAGUCGUGUGAAUUUGCUUCUGCUUAACGCCGUAUACAAGCCGUGCUUCAGUUGAACAACGCACAGCUGUUCAUUUAUUUCGCGAUCGUCGCGAUAAUAGCGCGUUGAACAUUCUGGCCGAGCAACGACUGUCAUCUCAGUAAGCGUGUUGGUCGUAAGGAGGACAUUCGAAAUGGCUGCGAAGAAAACUGCACCAUCUGUCACCACCUGCCAGCAUGGAAUUUGAGGAGAAGAUGUCGAUGAAGGAGUACAUACAGAUGAUGAUGGACAUGAUCGUGCUCUGCGCCACACUGGCGCUCUCCCUGUUCUUCUGGAUCACUUCCCUCGUUAUCAGCUCAUAUUACGGCACCCUGCAGCCUGUGUCACCAUGGCGAUGGUUGUUCUCCAUCUUGAUUACGCUUGUUUUAACGUCAAGAGCAUUGAAGAGACGUAGUCUGGAUUAUAGCGGAGCCCUAGCAGCUCUCCUGGUGGGGUUCGUCUUGACCAUGGCCAACUACAGCUUUUUCUCUUCGUUGUUGGCGUUCUUCAUCACUUCCUCGAAACUGACGAGCUGGGGCGGAGCACAGAAAAAGAAGAUCGAUUCCGAGUACAAAGAAGGAGGCCAGAGGAGCUGGGUUCAGGUCUUCUGUAACGGAGGAGUUCCUACAGAACUGGCACUGCUCUACAUGAUUGAGGUGGGACCAGGCGAGAUUCCUAUUGACUUUGGGAAACAGUACUCCGCCUCCUGGAUGUGUCUGUCAUUGGUGGGUGCGCUCGCCUGCAGCACCGGUGAUACCUGGGCAUCAGAGGUGGGGCCUGUUCUUAGCAAAUCAAAGCCAAGACUCAUAACCACCUGGAAGGAGGUCCCAGCAGGAACAAACGGAGGGGUCACUCCUAUUGGGCUGCUCGCUAGCUUUCUUGGGGGAGUUGUGGUGGGUGUGGCCUACUUUGCAUCCCAGAUCCUGAUGGUGAAUGACCUACACCUGGCUGAUCCCCAGUGGCCAAUAGUAGUGUAUGGUGGUGUGGCUGGGCUGGUGGGCUCCAUGCUGGACUCCUUCCUGGGGGCCCAUAUGCAGUACUCAGGUCAGUGAUGAGUUUCAACAUCGACAACAUCCUCAGAAGUUGUCAAGUUUGUUUCCUUUAACGUGUCAACUUGUAAACCUAUGUACAUUUUAAACACAAAUAUAUUCAGAAAUGUAUAUUUAACUUAUACCAUGUCACUUUUGAUCAAUGAUGGAUUUUGA